AUGCAUACCUGAGCUACCGCGUCUAUCAGCCAGAUCCAGUGCAAGCGACAACAUAUCGAGUGCUCGGAGCAAACGGCGACCGCGCGGGCACGUGAUUCGUGAAGGAAAUGGCGACCAUCAAAGCCAAGGUCAAGGACGCCGCCUCCUCCGCCAAGGCCGGCAUCGAUAAGGCGAAGGCCUCCGCCGGCGAGAAGGUACAGAAGGCGACGACCACGGACCCGAGGAAGAAGCGUGAGGCGGAGGAGAACAAGGAGGACCGCUUGCUCAAGGUCGACUCCGACGAGCGCGAGGAGAAAGGGGACCACGCCGCCGAGAGGUCCGGGAGGCGCACCAUCAUCACCGGCACCUAGUUAUAGCUUCUACCCUCUUUUUUUUUUUGAAAAACAGUUAGCUUCUACGUAGACCCUUCUCGUGAAAAAAAAAGCUUCUAGCUAGGUCCAAUAACAGCAUGUAGCAGAGUAUGCGUCGGUUGAAAGCGAAUCGAGGCCCAAUAACCGCAGUCCUUUGAAUGUAAUUCGAUCCUAUCUCUUCUCUCCCUUUAAUUUAACUAGCAAAAAAGCCCAA